AUGAUUGAGAGGUCAAGAGUUCGAGAGUUAGGAUUGAGAGAUCAAGAGUUCGUAGGUUGGAAUUAUAAUCCAGAUUCUGAUGAUCUUAUGUCAAUUGAACAGUAUGAAAAAUACUGUGAUUCAGUUGGAGAAACGAGUGCUUGGGGUGGAACAGUUGAACUGCAGGUACUAGCAAAUAUUCUCAAAUGUCCUAUUGAAGUUAUUCAAGCUAGUGGUGUUCCUUACAUAGUAGGUGAAGAAUAUGAACAGACAAGAAAACUUAUUCUAACAUAUCAUCGGCAUAUGUACCAACUUGGAGCACAUUAUAAUUCUGUAACAAAAUAUAUAGCAAAUUUAGAAGACAGCUGAUCUAACUGUUAAAUUGAUUCAAAUUAAAAUAAAUUAUAGUUAGCUUAUUACACAGUUGAAAUUGUUCAAAUUUUUUUGUGAUUGCUAAAGUUGUAAAGGAUUGUGUUUUAUUAUGCUUUAUGUUAUAAGAAGAUCAUUUUAGAGUAAAUUUUGUCGUGUUAAAGAUUUAUUAUACAUCAACAACGUUAAAAAAUUUUAUAAAAUGUCAAAUGUACAUGAAUCAUGGAAAAUAAUUUAUAUAAGAUAUAUUUUAAUUUAUAUAUGUAAUUAAAUUAUAAAUACAUUCAAGUCUAUGUUUAUCUAGG